GAGGUUUGUUUUGCUGCAGGGAGUCUUUAUAAGGAAGCUCUGUGAAACAAAUCGUCAGUCCAAUUUUGCUCAAGCAUCAAAGAAGACAAAUCAAAAGAUGAAGUUGUUGUUCGUUCUUUUGGCAUUCGUUGCCGCCGCCAGCGCCGCCAGCUACGGCUGUGGCUACAGCUACAAAUACAACUAUUGCAGCUACAAACGUUACUACGUUUACCCCAAACCUCAAGUCUACUGCUACAACAUCAAGUUCCAAACCAACUGGUGCUCCUACAAGUACUACGAACCCGUUCUCCACGUCUACCCCGGUGAAGACUGCGGAAAGGAUGCCGCUGUCGUCAGAGACGGAUCCACCAUCAUCAAGGAGUAUAAUGAGAAAUUGGAGAAGGCUAUUGCCGAAUACGUCAAGCUUUUCGGAGAAUGGAAGUUGAAAUGGGCCAACUACCACAACGAAUAUAUUGAGAAAUACAACGAAAUCAUCAAGGCCAGACACGAUUGGCACUUGAAAUACGUCACUGCCCAAUACGUUUGCUACAACAACAGCACCGAAUUGACCGAUGAACAGAAGGCAGAACUUGCCAAACUUAAGACGGAACUUGACGAGAAGAGAAACGCUGCAGUGUUGGCUUACAAGACCAAACUUGCCGAGAGCUUGUUGGAAUGUGCCACCAAAUUCGCCAAGAGCAUCGAAGAAUACAGAACCAAGGCACAGGCUUACAUCCAGAAGAUCGGAGACAACUUCGACGCAUGUCUUAAGAAGAGAUCCGAAAACAUCAUCGCUUACAGAGCCAAACUCGUUGCUUACGCUAAUGCUUCCAAGCAGAAUAUGGUCGAAAACAUGAAGAAGACCAAGUUCCCCCACCUCGAAAACUACGCCAAGCUUCUCCAAUCCUACCACGGAGAGACCCUUCCCGCAGCAGCUGAAGCCUUGGAGGCUUGUUACCGUCAAAAGCUCAUCGACUACUGCAACGCAAUCCUUGCUAAGUGUGCCGAUGACUGGAACGCUCUUAUCCCCAGAUUGGUUCUCCACUAUUCUUGCUGCUACACCUGCAAAGAACAGAGAUUGUGCUUGCCUACUUACUGCUGGGGUGGCUACUACACCUGGACCGUCAAGUACCCCACUGCAUGUUUCUACCCUUACUACUACAAGACCUACAGAACUUACUGUAGCUACCGUGUAUCCUACUGCCAGGGAUAUUACUCCUACAAAAGCUGUUAGAUCUGAUCGUCAGUUACAAGGAAUUCUUAACAAGUUUUCCAUUCUACGAUUAACGUAAAUAAAACACCAAAUAUGUCA